CCACGCCGAUAAACCCUAAUUUCUUGCGGCUCCCUCGCGCCGGCGCCUGCACCUAGCGAGCCUCGCUCUCUGACGAAGGCCCAUCUCUUUCGCUCGCCGGCGGCUCCACCUCUCUUUAAACCCAUCUCCUUGCUGACGAGCAUCCUCCCGGCGACCUUUCCUCACAGAAAAGAGUGUUUUUAUUUUUUCGUGGGUUACUUUUGAGCAGCAAAUAUGGUGAAGAAGAGCAAAAAGAGCAAAAGUAAGAGGGUAUCUCUAAGCAAGAAAUACAAAAUAAUAAGAAAGGUGAAGGAACACCAUAGGAAGAAGGCAAAGGAGGCAAAGAAGCUUGGUCUGAACAAGAAAAAGAAGGUAGAGAAGGACCCUGGGAUUCCGAAUGAUUGGCCUUUCAAGCAACAAGAACUUAAGGCACUUGAGGAUCGCAGGGCUCGCGCCUUGGAGGAGUUGGAGCAGAAAAAGGCCGCUAGAAAGGAGAGGGCUGAGAAGAGGAAACUAGGCUUGAUUGAUGAUUCUGAUGUUUCACAAAACAAGCCUAUCAUAACUGAACUUUCAGCUAUAGCAAAGAGCAAUGAUCAUUCUGAGAGAACUUUCUAUAAGGAGCUGAAAAAAGUUAUUGAAACCUCAGAUGUAAUAUUGGAAGUACUUGAUGCAAGGGAUCCACUUGGUACUCGUUCCGUUGACCUGGAGAAUAUGGUAUUAAAGUCUGAUCCUAAUAAGCGAAUUGUGUUGCUUUUGAACAAGAUAGAUCUUGUUCCUCGGGAGGCAGUGGAGAAGUGGCUCACAUAUCUUAGAGAAGAGCUUCCUACUGUAGCUUUUAAAUGUAGCACACAAAAACAAAGGUCAAACUUGGGAUGGAAGGCAUCAAAGAGAGCUAAGGCUGAAAAGGCAUCUAAUAUUUUGCAAACUAGUGAUUGCCUUGGAGCUGAUACUCUCCUAAAGUUGUUGAAAAAUUAUUCAAGAAGCCAUGAGCUUAAGUUAUCAAUCACUGUGGGAAUUGUUGGACUCCCGAAUGUCGGGAAGAGCAGUUUGAUAAAUAGUUUGAAGAGGUCACAUGCUGUUAAUGUUGGUGCUACUCCAGGAUUAACCAAAUCAAUGCAAGAAAUUCAGUUAGAUAAAAAGGUAAAGCUGUUGGAUUGUCCUGGUGUGGUAAUGCUCAAGUCUGGAGAGGCUGAUGCAUCUAUAGUGCUUCGCAACUGUAAGAAGAUCGAAAAGUUAGAUGACCCUGUCAGUCCAGUAAAUGAGAUCCUCAAGUUGUGUCCGGCUGAGAGGUUGAUGUCUCUAUACAAGUUGUCAAACUUCAGCUCGAUCGACGACUUUCUCCAAAAGGUAGCAACUACGAGGGGUAAGCUGAAGAAGGGUGGAGUUGUGGACACUGAAGCUGCUGCAAAGAUUGUACUGCACGAUUGGAAUGAGGGUAAAAUACCAUAUUACACUUUGCCUCCGCCUAGAAACCAGGGCGAGAAUCUCGACUCUACUAUUGUUCCACAGCUCGGGAAUGAGUUCAAUGUCGAGGAGGUUUACAAGAUCGAGUCUUCAUUUAUCACUACCCUGGCAUCACUGGAAGAUUCUCGUCACAUUGAAGUUCCUCCUCAUUCCCCACUAAACUUCGAUGCUCAGAUGCUAGAGCAGGACGAUGCGCAGCAGAAAGCGACAGUCGUUGAGGAUCAACCGAUGGCUGAUGACAUGGAAGUCCCAGAGGAAUCCGAGGCCAAGCCUAGCGGCAACCAAAACAACAAGUUGUACACUGCCGAAGGCAUACUCGAUCCACGUAAAAGGAGAGCUGAGAAGAAAAGGCGGAAGGCCAAUAGAGUAAACAUCACGAACGAAAUGGAUGCCGACUAUGACUUUAAGGUGGAUUACAGAAUGGCGGAUCUUCCUUCAGAAAGUGAGAAUGCAAGCGAGGAUGAUGAUGAUGAUGAAGCAAACAAAAUGGCCCCUAUGACUGGCGUAGUCGAGGACGAAACAACCAAAACGACUCCCAUGACUUGAGCAGAUUGUGAAAAUUUAAUGGGUAUGCUUGUGCAAUGCCUGUGAGUAAGAAAUCGGCAUGUCAACAUUUUUGUACUUUGGACCUAGCUUCUUUCAAUAGUGUUAACGUUUCUCUAGACCUCAUGUUUAUUUUUCAGGAACUUAUGCACUUGUAUUUAAACAAUGGCUUAUCGAUUUCUAUCGUAUCUUUUAAAGCA